CUCCCGCCUCUGUCAGUGGAGGACGCCCACUUAAAUGCAGUUCCAGGGUUGCAAGGCACCCAGCCGCAUCACUCCCCGUGUGAGCAGGCAAAUGCAACAUGCUCUCCAGCCUGGGGUGUCUACUUCUCUGUGGAAGUAUUGCACUUGCUCUGGGAAAUGCACAGAAAUUGCCAAAAGGUAAAAAGCCAAGCUUGAAAGUGCACAUCAAUACCACCAGCGACUCCAUCCUCUUGAAGUUCCUGCGUCCAAAUGCAAACGUAAAGCUGGAAGGUUUUCUCCUGGGAUAUGGCAGCAAUGUGUCUCCAAACCAGUACUUCCCUCUUCCCACAGAAGGGAAAUUCACAGAGGCUGUAGUUGAUGCAGAGCCGAAGUAUCUGAUAGUCGUACGACCUGCUCCUCCUCCCAGCCAGAAGAAGUCAUGUUCAGGGAAAUCUCGCCCUCGCAAACCCCUCCAGCUGGUGGUGGGUACGUUGACACCGAGUUCUGUCUUCCUGUCCUGGGGAUUCCUCAUCAACCCACACCAUGACUGGACAUUGCCAAGCCACUGUCCCAGUGACAGAUUUUAUACAAUUCGAUAUAGAGAAAAAGAUAAAGAAAAGAAAUGGAUUUUUCAACUCUGCCCAGCUACUGAAACAAUUGUGGAAAAUCUAAAGCCCAACACAGUUUAUGAAUUUGGUGUGAAAGACAAUAUAGAAGGUGGAAUUUGGAGUAAGAUUUUCAAUCAUAAGACUAUUGUUGGAAGUAAAAACAAAGUAAACGGGAAAAUCCAAAGCACUUAUGACCAGGUCCACUCAGUGCCAGUCCCGAGGAAGCUAAUCCCACUAACGAUCAUUAAGCAAGUGAUUCAGAAUGUUACUCACAGGGCUUCAACCAAAUCCCCAGACAAGACUCCUUUUGGGGGAACAAUAUUAGUUCAUCUGAUUAUUCCGGGUCUUAAUGAAUCCACUGUAAAACUUCCCACAUCCAUAAUGCUUGAGAUUUCCGAUGCUCUCAAGGCACAAUUAGCUAAGAAUGAAACAUUGGCUUUACCAGCAGAAUCUAAAACACCAGAGGUCGAAAAAUUGGCAGGGCAGCCAGUAACAGUGACUCCGGAAUCAGUUUCAAGAAGCACUAAGCCCACCCUGUCUAGUGCUUUAGACACUGCAGAGACAGCACUGGUCCUCAGUGAGAAGACGUCAGAAACAGCCCGCUCUGUUCUAAUACCUGAGUUUGAAUUGCCCUUGAGCACUUUAGCUCCAAAAAGGUUCCCAGAGUUUCCUGAGGCAAAAACAGCCUUCCCAUUGGAGAAACCUAGGGGUUCCUGGGCUUCAAGUGAGGAGCCAUGGGUGGUACCUGGAGCUAAAACAUCUGAAGAUUCCAGAGUCGUACAGCCUCAAACUGCAACUUAUGAUGUUAUCUCAAGCUCAACAACUUCUGAUGAGACUGAAAUAGAGAUUCACACAGCAACAAGAGAUCCUAUUCUGGACUCUGUCCCACCUAAAACUUCUAGAACUGCUGAACAGCCAAGGGCAACACUGGCUCCAAUCGAAGCGUUAUUUGAAUCCCGAAAUGUGGAAAUCUUCACCAGUCCUGAAGUGCGACCUACAACGGCUGCUCCUCAGCAAACUACAUCUAUCCCUUCCACACCCAAACGACAAUCAACACCCAAACCGCCAAGAGUCAAGCCUGCCCCAGAACCUGAGACUCGACCAUCUGCCCAGACAACAAAGGCUCCACGCAAGACCAAAAAACCAGGUCACCACCGCCUCCGCCGUCCUAAAACCACACGUAGUCCAGAAGUACCCAAGUCCAAACCUGCUCUUGAACCUGCCACUGUGACACCGGAGAUCUUGGUACCCAAAAUUGUUCCCAAACCACCUCAGAAACCUAAAGCCACACGCAGGCCAGAGGUACCCCAAGUCAAGCCUGCCCAUGAACCGGUCACAUUUGGAAGUGAAGCCCCCGCCCUAGCUAUAGUUACUACUACAGACAUUGAACCUGUAAUUACGAGAACCAAGGCAUCCGUGACAACAUUAGCUCCAAAACCACCAAGACCAAGAACUCACCGUCAACGUACCAAAUACAAAACCACCCAAAGCCCAAAGAUACCUCAUAGUAAACCAGCAGACUUGGGACCUAUCACUUCUGAGCCACCUUUAGCUUCAACAACAAAAAAAGUCCGCCGUCCACGUCCCAAACCUCAAACCACACCCCAUCCAGAAGUGCCUCAUACAAUAUUGGUUCCUGCUACAAGCCUUGAACCAUUUAUUAUUACUGAGGCUCCAGGGACAACAUUAGUUCCCAAACUGCCUCAACAACCAGACUAUCCACAUCCCAAACCUAAAACCACCAGGAGUCCUGCAGCAUCUCCAACAGAACUGGUUCCUACUCCAGUCUUUGAACCAGUUACUCCUUUAAAAGAGGAUCCAGUGACCACAAUCGUUCCUAUUACAGACCUUGAACGAGUUACAGACCUUGAAACACCUGUUGCUUUUAGAACUGAGGCCCCUGGGACAACACUAGCUAGCAAAAUAUCACAAAGAACCCACCGCCCACGACCCCGACCCCGACCCCGACCCCGACCCCGACCCCGACCUAAAGCCACCUUGAGCCCUCAAGCACCUGAAACAAAAACUGUUCCUGCUGUAGUCCUGGAACCCGUCACUCUUAGACCUGAGGUCCAAGUAACAACACUAGCUCCCCAAAAAACACAGAAAAAACAUCGCCCAAGUCCCAAACCAAAGCCUGUACCAAGUCCUGAAGUAACCGAGUCCAAACCAGUUCUUCCAAGAGUACGUGAACCUGUGACACUCAGAACUGAGACUUGGGUGACAACAAAAGCUCCUAAAACACCAAAACGAACCCGUCGUCCACGCCCCAAACCUCAAACCACACCAACUCCUGAGACUCCUCUAACCAAACCUGUUGCUGCUACAGAUCUCGAACCCAGUGCUCUUAGCACCGAAGUACCUGCGACCGUGGUUCUUGCUACAGCCCUCACACCUGUCACUCUUAGGACCAAGGCUCCCAAGACAACAACAUUAGCUCCUAAUGUACAGCGGACACGCCGUCCACAUCCCAGACCUAAAACCACAGCAAGUACUGGUGUGUCUGAGUCCAAGUCAGCUCCUACUGAACUGCAAAGUCUUGUUUUGAAACCAGUGACCUCACCAAGCCUAGAAAUUAUACAAAGUCAAUCUGUUUCUGAUGACCUGGAAUUGGUUGCAUUUAGUACUGAGUCACCACAGAAGACAAUAGCACCAGCUGAAACAGAUUAUGUAGAUACCAAAGAACCUCUCAGGCUAGAGGAGCCAAGGACAGAAGUUGUGGAUUCUCUUACAUAUGUGUCUGAGCCCCCUGAGACUACCAUAGAAACGUCACCUCUGUCUUCCCAAUCUAUAAUCAUACCCAGACCAGAUGAGCCUCAGACUGAACCUGCACCCAGGCAGACAACCAGCAUGCCUCCCAAGCUCAAAACACCACACUCAAGGAUGCCAGCAAAAGAGCCAGUUCCUAAGGAACCCCUGCAUACGACUUCAAAGCCAAAAAUGCCACCAAGUCCUGAAGUGGCAGACACUACAUCUGUUCCAAAAGAUGAACGACUUUCCCUUAAACCAGAUCCAGAGGUCACUCACAGUGAAACUGCACCUUUAGAGACACGGGGCAUUCCUCUCAUACCUGUGAUUUCACCAAGACCUAGUCAAGAGGAACUACAAACCGCCAUGGAAGAAACAGACCAGUCUACCCAAGAGCUCUUCACGACUAAGAUUCCACGAACAACUGAAUUGGCAAAGACAACUCAGGCACCACACAGAUUGCAUACAGCUCCUGUGAGGCCCAGAAUACCUGGCAGGCCACAUGGCAGGCCUGCUCUGAACAAAACAACUACAAGGCCUGAUAAAACCAAACCCAGAGGGACGUCCCAUAAAAACGGAGUAGGAACAGGAACCAAGCAAGCACCUAAGCCACCAAGUCCUGGGAGAAAUGCGUCAGUGGAUUCACAUGCCACAAGAAAACCAGGCUCAGUCUCAGGGACGCGUCGUCCACCCAUACCACAUAGGCAUUCGUCCACUAGACCUGUGUCUCCAGAGAGAAGGCCUUUACCCCCGAAUAAUGUCACCGGGAAGCCAGGACGUGCGGGAAUUGUUUCCUCCAGCCGGGUAACGUCCCCACCCCUGAAGGCAACACUCCACCCUAUCGGAACAGCCACAGCGAGACCAGGGGCAGAACAAAAGGAACCAACUGCUCCUGCUUCAGAAGAAGAGUUUGGUACUACAACUGACUUCAGUUCAAGUCCCACCAAAGAAACUGAUCCCCUUGGGAAGCCCAGGUUCAUAGGUCCCCAUGUGCGAUAUAUCCCAAAGCCUGAAAACAAGCCCUGUUCCAUCACUGACUCAGUCAGACGGUUCCCUACAGAGGAAGCCACGGAGGGGAAUGCCACCAGCCCACCACAGAACCCACCCACCAACCUCACUGUGGUCACUGUCGAAGGCUGCCCCUCAUUUGUCAUCUUGGACUGGGAAAAACCUCUAAAUGACACUGUCACUGAAUAUGAAGUCAUAUCCAGAGAAAAUGGGUCAUUCAGUGGGAAGAACAAGUCCAUUCAAAUUACCAAUCAAACGUUCUCUACAGUAGAAAACCUGAAACCAGAUACAAGCUAUGAAUUCCAGGUGAAACCCAAAAAUCCACUUGGUGAGGGCCCCGCCAGCAACACGGUAGCGUUCAGUACUGAAUCAGCUGACCCAAGAGUGAGUGAGCCAAUUUCUGCAGGAAGAGAUGCCAUCUGGACUGAAAGACCUUUUAACUCAGACUCUUACUCAGAAUGCAAAGGCAAACAGUAUGUUAAAAGGACGUGGUAUAAAAAAUUUGUCGGAGUGCAGCUAUGUAACUCUCUCAGAUACAAGAUUUAUUUGAGCGAUUCCCUCACAGGCAAGUUUUACAACAUAGGAGAUCAGAGGGGCCACGGAGAAGAUCACUGCCAGUUUGUGGAUUCAUUUUUAGAUGGUCGCACAGGACAGCAACUCACCUCUGAACAGUUACCCACCAAAGAAGGCUAUUUCAGAGCUGUUCGUCAGGAACCUGUCCAAUUUGGAGAAAUAGGUGGUCAUACCCAAAUCAAUUAUGUCCAGUGGUAUGAAUGUGGGACCACAAUACCUGGAAAAUGGUAGAUGCAACAAAAUUAUUUCCAAAGUACUUCUGGUUCAUUAUCGCAAAAAGAAACAAUCGCAUAACAAAAAGAACCCAUUGGAAAUAGUGGUGUUUGCCACCCCUAUUCGAAGCUGUUUUUGUUCACUAUGUGUAAGUUUGCAAUCUGAGAGCAGUACCGGAUGUUUAUUAUUAGAAAAGAUUACUGAGGAUAUUUAUCAGGUUUUACAAAGUCAUUUUUAAAAAGCAAGAUUAACAUUAAUAGAAUAACAUUUUAGGGAAGCUGGCUCCCUAGUCAUAUUUUAAAAGAUCAUUUGUAUAUUAUUUAUCACACUGUUGUAAUGUUUUCAGAUACUUUUAUAACAAAAUUGUCAAAAAUCUUUAAUAAUCUUUAUAAAAAGUAUUUACUUUAUUGAUGUGUACGUGUUGUUGGUGAAUUAAUUCCACAAAUCUCUUCUUGGUUUAACUUAUUGGAUCAAAUAAUCUUCAGCAUAUACAUGUGACAGAAAGUAGUUCAAAUACUUACGUUGAUGUACACUUCCAUUUUAUGUAUUAAUGCUAAUAUUUCCAUAAGUUACCAGCAAAUUACUGCAAAAAGCCUGAAUCUGUACAAUUUUAUUUCAGUCAGAAACAACUGAUAAUCUGAUAUAUGUCAAGUGAUAAAUGUCUUUUUCUUCUGUACCCAUACUACAGAUACUUUCUCAAGCUCUUCCUUUAAGCAGUUUUUUUAAAACGGCUCUAUGGUUCUAUUCAAGCUGUAUGUAGAGACUGAGUGUGAUGUCAGCAUGAAAAGAUAAUGCAUGGUGAGAAGCUAUUGUUUUAUAGGAUAUAUGAUAUAUUUAUAUGCUUAGGCCAUGAAUGAAUGUAUUACAGAAUGUUUUUGUGAAACUGUUUACUUAAGCUGUAACAAAACAGACUCAUUUCAUGGGGGAAAAAAAAAGCAUUGCUUUCCUUCAUGUGUGGGAGGGAGCCAAGAAAAUUAUUGCUUGCCCUGAAAAGACUUUUCUCUGUAUGUAUCUUUCAACAUGCUUCAGUUUUAUCAAUGCUACAGUAUUUUGUAUUUUCAAACAAGUAUAAACACUGCAAUAAAAAGUAGGUUUUUAAAAACA